UCGCACGCUCUCAUUUCUCUGAGUACAACAACUGGUGAACAGCUGAAGUCCGAGCUUAGACAGACUACAAACUAGAAACUAAAGUCUAACUUAGGACAGAUAAAGCUCGCCUGCUUGUUGAGCCUUUGGUGAAAGUGCCAAAACAACCGUGCGCAAUUACGCAUAAAAAACAACAACAAUGAGUGCCACAGCCGCUAUGGAAGUGAACGCCGAAGCCAGACGGAUCCUGGCCGUGUCGAUAAGCAAGCUGUACGCCUCCAGGACCCAGAGAGGAGGACUGAGACUCCACCGGAGCCUUCUGCUCUCUCUGGUCAUGAGGUCUGCCCGCGACAUCUACCACUCCUCCCGGGAGAACGAGGGGCCAAGCUGCGCGCAGCCGACACCGGAGGAGCCGAUGGACACCGGCUCCAACCCGGGGGAACUAACCGGGCUGCCCGAGCCUCAGCCUGAGCCCCAGCCGACACUGAAGUCAGCCGAGCUGGCCUCAGAGGAGCCCGACUCCGCUGAGGAAGACAGUGAUAGUGAAAUCACAGAGGACAAAGAGAACUUGAGCCCGACGAGGCAGUCCAGGAAACGCCGGGGCAAGGCGUCGGCGGCGCCUGACUUCCUUCCCAGCAAGAGGGCGAGGCUGGAGCCUGGGGAGGAGAGGUAUGCGGCCCCGCUUGGCAGCUGUCGCGUCGGGGCCGGGGAGUCCCUAGCCGCUUUGUCUCUAAAUCGGGUUAUACCUGCCUUCUGAACAGAUGGGGGGAGAAAAUAACCUCCAAUGGGACUUUGGAACGGAGUGAUUCAACUCCUCGUUAACCUAUAAGGGCAGUUUGAUCCCUUGGCGCACCAAGGAGCUGACCUACAUCGGCGGUCCCGGGACAAAGGGAUUACCCGGGCCAUGAUGCGAGCUCUCCGGUCGAUCUGAGUGUGCCUGCCGGGCCGGUAAAGCCCCGACAGAGAUCAACAAGAAGAGACGGAGAAGAAACUGAAAGAGGCCAGAGGGAGCUGCGGGCCGGAAAGUUUGAGGAAGAAACUGAAGGGGGAACUGUGUUGCUUUUUGUUUCACGGUGAUUCACCGCCAGUAAAAUGAGUCCAAACAAGUAUCUGCUGCUGACUCAAAGUGUGUGUAUGUGUGAAUCAGCAGAGUGAUGUGAGUCAGUCACAGAAGAAGUGAAGUGGUGAACGGCUGACCACAGAUCAGCACACACACACACACAACUUGGACUUCAGGGAAUUUCCUGCCUUUGUGCCGAGAUAUCAGACUCAAACACUGAAAGAGGAAGGACAGUUGAGGCAGACUCACUGCCUGACACAUUUCUACACACACACACACACACACACACAUUCAAUGCUGCUGUGGACUUUGAUAAAUCAAUGCUACUGCUUGGGGACUCUCCUGUAUACUGUGUUCACAUGGUGCUUUGGAAAAAAAGAAAAGGCUGGCCAUAUGGUGUUGGAAGCCCAGCAAUCUACACGUUGUGUUUUCAUGUCACUGAAAUGUUUUAAUUCAUGUUUGACCUGUGAAAAAAAAUACCUCACAUUCCAAGCUGCUUUUUAAUUUGUGUGACUGAAGGGAUGGUGUAAAUAUUUCUAAUAAACACAUUGAAAGGAUA